ACAUAUCUGAGGGUGUCACAUUAAAUAGUAACUCGUGACUGUAUAGCUCUUUGCUUUCCUCGUCGGGGUUCAGUGAACAAAUGAGUUAUUUGUAAUGCAGCUGGAGUUUGUACCCAAACAAGUGAAGCUGAUCAUUUAGUUUGGAUAACCACGUCCUAUUAAGAUGUCAACACUAUAUUGAUCUAAUUAUGAUGUCUGCUAAAAUCAACCAUAAUAUUGAUAGAGGCACUAUAAUAUCACCAAUAUGGAUUCCAUUCUGUUCUCUCUCAUGUUUGCUGCUGCAAUACAUACCACUGCCGGUACAGUAAUGUACGACAAUGAGGAGGAGCCGAAGUCUAAGCAGGUCCUGAACAUGGUAAACGAUAGAGCUCUGAACUUCUUGGAUGGUAUGAUGAGUUGCACCACUAACAGGACUUUCCUGGAAACAAUAGCGGACUUCGGGUUUUACGGAUGCUACUGUGGCUUUGGUGGGUUCGGCAAACCUGUGGAUGGUGUGGACAGAUGCUGCCAGAGUCAUGAUAACUGUUAUGGAGCAACGCAUGUGACACAUGGAGCGUGCUACACCACCAUCGUUGCUUAUCUUGUACCAUAUAAAUAUAAGCUUCACCAAUGUGAUACAAGAGAUGCAUAUGUGACUUGUGCUGGUCUGGAUAAAUACUAUUGGUACGAUUUCCUACCCAAGUGUGCCGUGGCGAUAUGCGAGUGUGACCGGGAUCUUGCAAUGUGCCUCGCUCGCCAGCCAUUCCAUAAAAAGUACCGCUUCUAUAACUGGUUGAAGUGUUUCGGUGAGGAUGACGAGAAGAAUGAAGUUCACAAAGUCGACGGAGAAGUAAUCUUACAUUGACGUUAGUUUAUGGUAAAAAGACACUACUUUCGAGAACGACCGUCCUAUUACUUGCCCUCCUCUAAGAGCCCAUGCAUCAUUGAAUGACAGUGACCACGAAGCCGGAAUAUGAGGGGAUGGGCUAAGGGGUUUGACCCCCCCCCCCCCAUCACAUUUUUUCAGGGAACGUUUUCAUAACGUAAAAAAGUUGCAAUAAAUAUCAUUGUUGUGUCUUCGUGUUCAUCUCCCCCUCAUCACACUUGGGCUCAGCCCACCCCUUUCCGAUCCGCGGCUCACGAUCCUGAUAUACAAUUUCAUAAUUCUAGGGCAUUUUAACAAUCACUUCUCAGACGCUUUCUAUUACGCAGAUAAUCAGUAUCGUCCUGGACUAUGGAUAAACGACAUUAUAAUGUAAUUUUUCGCCCGGUCCGAAUCUUAAGACGGUGUGUUGUCCCUGCAUGUCCAUCAACUUUCGACAGAGACCUCUAUUCUGUCCGUUGUGAUUUGACGGGAAUUUUCAAUAGAUUCUCAACGUUCCAAAAAGCGUCUGCAAAAUGUGGAAGAUAAAAUCCUCUAGUUUUUAAAAUCCAAGCACCUUGUCCAAUGUUAUCUUCGAAUUUCAUAAAGUGUACUAUCAAACUUGUUUUGUGAAAAUCAUAUCCUUACCUAUAACCUUCAAGUGUCUUGGGUUGUAUGACGUGUGGAACGAGACACACCCGGGGUCAUAUAUCUCGUUUAAAGUACCUCUAUGUUUAUUAUCUUUAUUAAUGCUUCAGUCACAUUUCCCUACGGCGGUUGUAAAGCGAGUCGAAGGCAGCCAUUUUAUUCAUUUUUAUUCAAACCUUAUGUAGCUGGUACAAAAAAUGUUAAAAUAGCUGUUUUCGACUCGCCGAACUGCCGCACUAUAGGGGAAAUGUGACUACGUCAUUAGGGACAAGUCUCAUUUCGUCAGUAAGGAUACCGGCAAGCAAGUUUGUCUAUAUAUUAUUCUCCCCCCCCCCCCUUGCUAAUGAUACAGUCACACCAACGAAACCGACUUCGAACGCCGAACCGAUGGUAUUUAAUCGGUAGUACCUUUGAGUCGGUCUAGAGUCGGUUUCGUUGUAUGUGAUUGUACAUCCUUCAAAGGGAUUGCUUAAGUUUAAUGGCCCGUAUUCUGAAGUCGGGUUUAACUUAAAAUCGGGUUUAAAGUUGUGGUUUAAGUAUGGAUAGCCAAUUGUUUCAUAAAUCACUAACAGCAGUGAUAUCAUAUUUCAGCUCAUUUGGCUCUCAAAUCAUUCAUAAUUGUCUAGGAAGUAUAAAUAAAUGAUUGUCGUCACCAUCGAUGAAUCAGGAAAGAGCAGAGUAAACAUAAGAAACAUACAACUUAAUAAAAAUGUUGACACCUUUGGCUUCCCAUAAUUUAGCACAGAGUUAGACCAUGAUCUAAGUUAAACCUGACUUCAGAAUACGGGCCAAUGUGUCUAGCCUCUAACAAUAGUGGGAAAAAAACGAUAUCGAAAUUCAACAAGAUUUCUGAUAUAUCCUCUCCAUCAAUUCUUUGAUUUUGAUCUUUUUUUUUCGUCUGGACACAUAUUCACCAACACAUUGGUUAACUAUAUAAAAUGAUGUUUAUAAUAACGGUGAAAAUAAUAAUGAUGAGGAUUGUGAUGAUAGUAUGCUAAGUGGAAGCGUUGUAGUACAGCUAACAGAGGGUGGUGUGUUCUAGCCCUACUGCAUUAUGCGGCCAAUCGUCCUUUUUGCCACUCUCCGUCCAGGGCCCCAUAACACAAAGGUUAGCGAUUAAUCGCUAAUUUCAAAGAGCAAUUCCGAUUGGUGCCUCGUGAGUCUACUGAGCAAAAUGCACAUGUAACGAUGAUCAUUUCAUUUAGCGAUUACUCGCUGACUUUUGUGUUAGGGUACCCGGUGGGAUGCGAAAGCCUGUAAUGUAGUAUGCCUAGAUAUUUAGUAUUGGAACUCUUGUUGAAAUGCGAUCCUCAGGGAGUGGAGAAAGUGCAUAAAUUGGACAAUGGCAUGCAAGGACCCGAUGACCCCACCGGGUAAUAAUAUUUACAAUGUAAAUUGCUCAGAAAGCGCUUCUGUUUAUUUAAAUGUAUAUAAAGAAUAUCAUUACAUUUUUUAUUUUACCCAUUUUUAUUAAGCGCUAAUAUUGUCAUUAAUCGUUUGAUGCAUAUAAAGAAUAUCAUUACAUUUUUCUAUUUUACCCAAGUAUUAAGCGCUACUAUUGUCAUUAAUCGUUUGAUGCAUAUAAAGAAUAUCAUUACAUUUUUCUAUUUUACCCAAGUAUUAAUUAAGCGCUACUAUUGUCAUUAAUCGUUUGAUGCAUAUAAAGAAUAUCAUUACAUUUUUCUAUCUUACCCAAGUAUUAAGCGCUACUAUUGUCAUUAAUCGUUUGAUGCAUAUAAAGAAUAUCAUUACAUUUUUUUAUUUUACCCAAGUAUUAAGCGCUACUAUUGUCAUUAAUCGUUUGAUGCAUAUAAAGAAUAUCAUUACAUUUUUUUAUUUUACCCAAGUAUUAAGUGCUACUAUUGUCAUUAAUCGUUUGAUGCAUAUAAAAAAUAUCAUUACAUUUUUCUAUUUUACCCAAGUAUUAAGCGCUACUAUUGUCAUUAAUCGUUUGAUGCAUAUAAAGAAUAUCAUUACAUUUUUCUAUUUUACCCAAGUAUUAAGCGCUACUAUUGUCAUUAAUCGUUUGAUGCAUAUAAAGAAUAUCAUUACAUUUGUCUAUUUUACCCAAGUAUUAAGCGCUACUAUUGUCAUUAAUCGUUUGAUGCAUAUAAAGAAUAUCAUUACAUUUUUCUAUUUUACCCAAGUAUUAAGCGCUACUAUUGUCAUUAAUCGUUUGAUGCAUAUAAAGAAUAUCAUUACAUUUUUUUAUUUUACCCAAGUAUUAAGUGCUACUAUUGUCAUUAAUCGUUUGAUGCAUAUAAAAAAUAUCAUUACAUUUUUCUAUUUUACCCAAGUAUUAAGCGCUACUAUUGUCAUUAAUCGUUUGAUGCAUAUAAAGAAUAUCAUUACAUUUUUCUAUUUUACCCAAGUAUUAAGCGCUACUAUUGUCAUUAAUCGUUUGAUGCAUAUAAAGAAUAUCAUUACAUUUGUCUAUUUUACCCAAGUAUUAAGCGCUACUAUUGUCAUUAAUCGUUUGAUGCAUAUAAAGAAUAUCAUUACAUUUUUCUAUUUUACCCAAGUAUUAAGCGCUACUAUUGUCAUUAAUCGUUUGAUGCAUAUAAAGAAUAUCAUUACAUUUUUCUAUUUUACCCAA